CUCCCUCCUCCCAGUCCUGGCUAGUAGCGAGCGAAGGCGCGCGGAGCUGCAGUGUCUGGCAGAGAAUCCCCGGGGAAGCGUCGCGCCCGGGAGGCAGCCUUCACAGCGCAGGUGGACGCGGCCCGCCGAGUCCGCCAACCGCCGCCCCUCCCGAGCUCAAGAUGGGAGGCACUGCUCGCGGGCCGGGCCGGAAGGAUGCGGGUCCGCCCGGGGCCGGGCUCCCUCCCCAGCAGCGAAGAUUGGGGGAUGGUGUCUAUGAUACCUUCAUGAUGAUAGAUGAAACCAAGUGCCCACCCUGUUCUAAUGUACUCUGCAAUCCUUCUGAGCCGCCUCCACCCAGAAGACUGCAUAUCACUACUGAGCAUUUAACAAGAGAGCAUUCUCAGCACUUUAUGAAUGGAGGUGAGAUAAAAGUAGAACAGCUGUUUCAAGAAUUUGGUAGCAGCAAAUCUGGUACUCUUCAGUCAGAUGGCAUCACCAACUCUGAAAAAUGCUCUCCAAUUGUUUCUCAAGGGAAAAGUUCAGAUAUCUUAAAUAUAAUUAAAUCCAACAGUUCAUCCAAAGCACCCAAAGUGGUACCUCUGACCCCUGAGCAAGCGCUGAAGCAGUACAAACAUCACCUCACUGCUUAUGAGAAGCUGGAAAUCAUCAAUUACCCAGAAAUUUAUUUUGUUGGUCCAAAUGCCAAGAAAAGACAUGGAGUUGUUGGUGGUCCCAAUAAUGGGGGAUAUGAUGAUGCCGAUGGGGCCUAUAUUCAUGUCCCUCGAGACCAUCUAGCUUAUCGGUAUGAAGUGCUGAAAAUUAUUGGCAAGGGGAGUUUUGGGCAAGUAGCUCGGGUCUAUGAUCACAAACUUCGACAGUAUGUGGCCCUGAAAAUGGUGCGCAAUGAAAAGCGCUUUCAUCGUCAAGCAGCUGAGGAGAUCCGGAUUUUAGAGCAUCUUAAAAAACAGGAUAAAACUGGUAGCAUGAAUGUUAUCCACAUGUUGGAAAGUUUCACGUUCCGGAACCAUGUUUGCAUGGCCUUUGAAUUGCUGAGCAUAGACCUUUAUGAGCUAAUUAAAAAAAAUAAAUUUCAAGGCUUUAGUGUCCAGUUGGUACGCAAAUUUGCCCAAUCUAUCUUGCAAUCCUUGGAUGCUCUUCACAAAAAUAAGAUCAUUCACUGCGACCUGAAACCAGAAAACAUUCUUCUGAAACACCACGGGCGCAGUGCAACUAAAGUCAUUGACUUUGGGUCCAGUUGUUUUGAGUACCAGAAACUUUAUACAUAUAUCCAGUCUCGUUUCUACAGAGCUCCAGAGAUCAUCUUAGGGUGCCGCUACAGCACACCUAUUGACAUAUGGAGUUUUGGCUGCAUCCUUGCAGAACUUUUAACAGGACAGCCUCUGUUCCCUGGAGAGGAUGAAGGAGAUCAGUUGGCUUGCAUGAUGGAGCUUCUAGGAAUGCCACCACCAAAACUUUUAGAGCAAUCCAAACGUGCCAAGUACUUUAUUAACUCUAAGGGCCUACCUCGCUACUGCUCAGUGACUACUCAGGCAGAUGGGAGGGUUGUACUUGUGGGGGGUCGCUCACGUAGGGGUAAAAAGCGGGGUCCCCCAGGCAGCAGAGACUGGGGGACAGCACUGAAAGGGUGUGAUGACUACUUGUUUAUAGAAUUCCUGAAAAGAUGUCUUCACUGGGACCCCUCUGCCCGCCUGACCCCAGCUCAAGCAUUAAGACACCCUUGGAUUAGCAAGUCUGUGCCCAGACCUCUCACCAUUGAAAAGGUGUCAGGGAAACGAGUAGUUAAUCCUACGAAUGCUUUCCAGGGACUGGGUUCCAAGCUGCCUCCAGUUGUUGGAAUUGCCAGUAAGCUUAAAGCUAACUUAAUGUCAGAAACCAGUGGUGGUAUACCUCUGUGCAGCGUAUUGCCAAAACUGAUUAGCUAACGGACAGUUCAGAGAUGCAUAUGUAUGUAUUUUAAUACUUUGCAAACCUGCAAAUGGAAAACAAUGCAAGCCCAUUGGUGGAUAUGUUUUUGUUAGACUAGACUUCUUUUUUUUAACAAGACAAAACAUUUUUAUAUGACUAUAAAAGAACUCUUCAAGGGCUAAUUACCUAACCAGCUUGUAUUGGCCAUCUGGAAUAUACAUUAAAUGACUUUUUAUAGGUCAAUGCAUCUUUCUUAUUAUCAUCAGAUGUACUUCAACCUGUAUAUAUUCUAUUGGUUUGAAUCUCUUUCUUCCAAGAUGGAUGGGAUACCAAAAAUAUAUGCUCACUACUCCUCUCCUAUCUCCCUCAGUAUCCAUUUUGGAGGGGUAAUUUGGGAAGUUGUGAUAGUUGUAGAUGAGAUGCAAAGCUAGAUCUCUUGCUCCGGCAGGCCAUUCUGUGGGCUUAUUCUAAGUGAAGGGGCUCACAGCAGAAUAUGAGGUGAGGGAGCACCUCAAAGCUAUUGGUCAACUGUACAAUUGGUGUCGUUUUUCACUUCCCAUUAUGCACAGUAUUUUUUAUUUAUGUUAUUAUUGCUAUUAUUUUGCCUCAGCUUUGUUCCUGAACACUGAAAGCAUCUUACAGACGUCUCACCACCUUACCAAAAAACCUUGUACGUUACUGCUGGGGUUUGAAUAAGUCUUCCCCAAAGGCCUGUGUAUUGUAUUGAAGGCUUGGUCCCGGCCCUCGGUUCUCUUGGGAGGUAGUAGAACCUAUAAGAAGUGGGUCCUGGUGGAAGUUUUUCAAGUCUACUGGGCAUUUGACCUUGAAGGGAACUGUGGGACCCUCGUUUCUUUCUCUUCCUCUUUGAUUCUCAGGCAUUAGAUGAACGGCUUUGCUCUGCCACCACAAUGUUAUUCCCACCAGAAUGGCCACUGCAGACCCAAAGCAAUGAGGCCAAUUGGUCAUGGAGUGGAACCUUCAAACUGUGAGCCAAAAUAAACCUUUUCUCUUUAUAAAAAUUGAUUUAUCUCAGGUAUUUGUUACAGUAAUAGAAAGCUGACUCACACAGGGGCCCAUUUUAAAGCCAAGUCAUAUACAUUAUUUCUCCUCCAUCUCCAAGGAAGAUAAAGCAACUUAUUUGCCCCCAGCUACCUCCAAAUGUUAAAGGUAGAAUCAGCAUGAAAACUGCAGUUUCCUAACUCCUUGGUCGUCCGUGGACUAGCUGCUUGCUGGAUUUUUGUGGAUUCCUGUCCUUGUGAAACAGACCUCUGUUAGGUAAACUCGCUACAGUUUAAUAAAUGUUUUCCUUCUCUCUUUCCAGCUACUUAUCACCUUAAUAUGCCACAUUUUUCCACUUUAAUUUUGAGCUAGGCACCUUCCUAGAUUUUGAGCAGACUUCAGUUAUAUGAUGAAAAUUGUUUAAAAAAUCCAGAAACUUGUGAUAAUGCAGUUUCCCCUUUGUUUUUCCUAAUUGCAUAUUCAACAGGCUUUCUUUUUCUCUGCUAAGAUUGAAAGUUAAACAGUGAAGGCUGGUAAUACAACUAAUUGCUGGCCAAAUGGCUUACUGGACCUGGAGAGCUUGUUGGGAGGUUCUAGCAGAGGAGCACAGCUACUCAUAUACCCUUGACUGAAUAACGGUCUUCCUCUAUCGGGAACUUUGUCCUCUUUGACCGAGCACACAGCUUUGGGAGGGAUGCACGUGGAGCAGUGAGGGAGGAAGAGGACAUCUGCCUAGCUAGCCAGAUCAGCUGAAUCAACCCCAGCGAUCUGUGGAGUGACAGAUUUUGCAGCCAGAUCACCCUCAAAUCCCCGAAUGGCUUCCUGGAAAGGUGGAGAACUAAAUAACUCACUCAGUGCUGCUGUUUAUUUUUUCUAUUCAUUCCUCUACUUCUGUGCUCCUCAGAAUGAAAGUAUCUCCAAGUUCUGUCCUCAGUGUGUGUUCUUAGAGCAUAACAGUUCUCAGAAUGACCUCAUUCAGUUUUUAUUCUAGAAUCUAGUAUCCACAAACUCUAUAAGAUUGGAAGGAGGCUUCUUUAUUGGAUGAAACAGUCACAGAGGGGAAGAAAAAUAGCUAUGGACAUAUUAUUUAAGGAACUUUGACCUUAGCCACAUUAUUCCUGGCUGCUUCAAUGCAGAUGUGGACAGUGAGAACAGAGACCUCAGCCUCUUCCAAAGGAGGAAGUCUUGAUACUUUUGGUGACUGAAGAGCUGGAUUAUUUAAAAACCUUAAUGAUCAUAUUUACUCCUGGUUUACAGAAGGCAAAGGAAUAGACAACUCCUUUAGAGCCUUCUAACUUCUGCUGAAUUCUCUAACUUGCUGGAGAAGUUGGAGAGUCUUCCUCAUUAUCUAGGCAGAGCAUAUGUUGAGGUUGUUUUGCUCGGUGUUAUCAGAGUGGGAGACCUGCUCUCAAAAAUGGUUAAAAGGAUUGCUGCCCCAAAUGACGCACAGUAGAUUUCUGUGUUGGAGUUUCUGUGAGCAAUCUCCAUGGUUAGCCAGUGCUGCACCUCAACUUGGGAGAGAAAGGAGCCUCUAGCUGAGACUGGCAUGUGCUCCAUUCUCUGUAGUGAAUGGACUGUGAGGUCACUGAGACUGAGCUGAGGUGAAAGGAUGCAGACAGCCUAUGACACUGUAGAGAAAUUCUAAAAGAUCUGGAAAGGUGAAUGUAUGUGCUUUGGCUUAAAUUUGGCAACCAGGAGAGUGAUGCAGAGCAGAGUCAUUCAAGUUGGCAUGCCUGCCUUCUGCGGGUGGGUUCAAGUUUGGGGAGAGUGGGCUGUUUUAAAAUUUGGUGCUGGCUGUGCAGAUAGAUUUGAGAAGAUUUACGGGUGUGUUAAGUUCAGAACAAGUUGUGGUUUUAGAGGCUGUCACCCUGUGCCCUCUUUUAAAUGUUCACUUGAAUCUCUGCUCAGCCCUAGCAGUGACUGACUGAAUUGGACCAAAGUUCAUGCCGACAUUCAUGCUGUGGCUUACAGUGAGUGACUAGAUUGUUCUUUAGUUGCUAUUGUUCUAGCCAUGUCAGUUAAACAGAUCAAGUGGGUUGACUUACUGAUUUCCAAAAUGGCAAAAUCAACUGAAUUUACAAAUUGUUGUUAACAUAGUAGAAAAGUUAGAUCAGAAUUUUUGUUUUAUUUCAUUUUUUUUUUUUUUUUUUUUAAAUAUUUAUUUUUUAGUUUUAGGUGAACACAAUAUCUUUAUUUUGUUUCUAUGUGGUGCUGAGAAUCGAACCCUGUGCCUCAUGCAUGCUAGGCAAGCACGCUACCACUUGAGCCACAUCCCCAGCCCCAUGUUUUAUUUCAUUUUUAAAAUAAUUUUUUUUUCUUUCAACCUGGGGACUUGGCUAAUCCAGUUAAUACCUGCUCAUAUUAUUACACUGUAUUCCAUCUUCUACCCCCAGUGAUUCAUCUGUUCAUUCAUGUGCUUUCAUGAUCUCUUCUUUCAGAAUGGACAGGCCUAUGUUCUUAUGAUAUUCUGAAUUAACAUAUUUUUUCCUUUUUUUUUUUUUUUUGUGGUACUGGGGAUUGAUCCCACAGCUUGGCACAUGCUAGGGAUGCGCUCUGCUGCUCUUACCAAGCAGCAGAAGGGUGCCUGUUGAUAAUGUGCAGAUCAUGAAAGCUCAUUUCCUUCAUGUACAAGGAGCAUGCUCACGUCUUCUUUAAGUUGACCUGUACAAUCUUUUAUAUCUUUCUUUUUGGGGAAAGUUUAUCAACUAAGGGUUACAUGAGGCCACUUUCUUCUGGUCCAACAGCAGACACAAUUACCUUGGAAACAAUGAAAAGAAAAAUGCAGCCAUAACCUGUGAUGAAGGAUUCUGCUUCUGUCUCACAGGGGUUCUGUGAAAGAGGAGAGUCUAGGCAAGACCUUCUUUCCAAGAAGACAUUGACUUAGACCAUAUUUGCAUACUUUCUUCUUAGGUGUCAAAGGGUGUUUGGGGUAAACAGGGUAACUGGCUAAUGCAGCAUGUUAGUUUUUAUGAUAUUUAAUCUGUUAAGAAUGGGCUUUAUUGCAUGGUCAGAAACCAGAAAAUUAAAUACAAAUUUCAACCAUGAAACAGUUUCAUUCUGUAGCAACUGGUUAUGUUAAAAUACCUUUGAUUUUGUCUAAUUCCCAGCUAGACAUAAUUAAAGUUAAAUGCUAAAUUUUAGGUAGCAGCUGAUAAAUGGUUGUAAGCUUUCCAGACAGAGCACUCCUAUUGUUUUAAUGAAUCAUGGAAAACUUUGUCAUUUAUUUUUAAUUCUUUCUUUUGCAUCUAUUAUUUGAUGUCAUCAGCAUGAGCACGGAAGUUGGAAAGGUGACAAUGAUUGUUCUAGACAGCCUCCAUAUGCUUUUUCUCAUCUGUGAAUUAAGGAUAAGUACUUAUCCUUGAACUAGGCAGGAUUGCCAGCAAAUGUCUUCCUCUGCCUCUUCAGAAUCACUGGACAUGAUGCAUCUAUAUACACUGCCUAUACAUAGAGCAACUGCAGAUAGCUGUGAUAUCAAAACUGGAGCCCACACAAAUAAGUGAGAAAAGGCCAGGGCUUGGCAAGUCGAGGAAGAAUUGUCCUCUGCCAGAGAUCAACCUCCUAAUUUUAAAUAAUGUUUUCAUUAUCCUUAUUUCAUCAUAUCCCUCUUUCGAUUUCAAUCUAUACUUCCUGAAGCCCAAGAUUAAAAGAACUUCUGGGCUUGAUGAAGGGUAACCCUUUCCAAGUGUCUGUUGAAUUAGGCCUGCUGAUUUUAAUGAGAAAAUUUUUUGAGUAUCACAGUAAACCCAUCCAUGUAAGGACUAAAAGCUCGCUGGUUCCUGAGAUCCAUAACUCCUGAGAUAAACCAGAGCCACAAAUAUAUUGUCUAGACUUUGACAGAGCUGGAUAUACUUCUUAAUAUAGCUCACCCACUGCUAAGUUGAGCCAAAGCUCUGAUAUUUUUCUAUAACAGGAGAAGCAUGCCUGAUGAGAGACUAGAAAGAUUCUUACCUCCUCUGCCACCACACAAAUAGACACAAAUAGAGAAAGCAGAGCCCCAGAUAAGGCCAAAUAGUGUUCUGUGGCUAUUUUAGCUCAGAAUGUCAGCCUCCAAACCAUUAGGUUUAAGUCAUUUUGGUGUCAUGGGAUUCUAUCAUUGUUCAUUUGAGCCUGCUGACACGCUUCCUCUGGAAAGUGCAGCUUAGCAUGGAUGAGUCAGUGUUUUGUUUUGUUUCUUAUUAUUAUUUUGGGAUGUUUGUUUUUGAAAAAUAUAUAAAGGAAUUGUUUUGAGAA